CUCAUUUAUUGAUUUUGAAACGUGAAGCCAAUCUAUCAUUAAUGGAAUAAACUCAACUUAGUGGUAUUGUAUAAAGUUUUACAUCUAUGGUUCAUGAGAGAUUGACUUCUAGUUCUCUUGUCGUUCGAUAUCAAGGUUAUGCUCGAAUCAAAACAAGUUACAGAUAUUUCAUGCUUCUUCUCUGGAAGAGUUUGUGUAAUUGAUGUAAUUUCUUCCUUAAACAUUUGGGUUACAACUCUGGAUGAAAUGUUUUGGAGUUAAGUAUUGUGGAUCAUUCUUCUGAGGAAAAAAAAAUGUGGUUUGGAAUAUGAAAUAGUCAGCCCUGCCCAUGUGUAUGCUGUUGUUUCCAUUUCCCUCCUCCUGUUGCAGAACCCAUCACCUCGCCUCUUCCUUUCCAGUUGUGUGGGGCUCAGCCAAGCAACCACAGAGGGAAGCGGUGAAACCAUCUGAGGCCUGUGCCUGGUCCUCAGGACUUGGAAGUCUCUCUCCCUGUCACCAGGAGACCUGCCCCAGCCCUGCUAAGCCAUCUCCACCCUCCUCGGACAGGAUGAGUGCCCUCGAUGGCGUCCCCUUCAAGGUCCCCAAUGGCUUUGUGAUAGACACAGAGCCUGUCCCUGGGCCAGAGAUCAGUGUCCCAGACUGCAGGGAGCUCCUGCUGGGUUCUAUGCAUAACUUCAGUCUGGAAAGGAAGGCUCUCUUUUGGGUGGAAGCCAUCGUCCCAGGACCCUGCCCCCCGCAGCGCGAGGACCCAGGGACAGCAUCGGCGCCUCCGGCCUGGCUCUUGCUGUUGAGCCCGGAAUACCUGCUGGAGCCUGCACCUACCGCCGGCCAAAGCCAGGAGCAGCCGGAGGUGGAGGAGGAGGAGGUGAAGGAAGAGAAUGAAGAAGAGCUCUCCUCGGGCAGUGAGGAGGAUCCGGGUUCACAGGACCCUCGCAAGGAUUCAGUGGGCAUGCUGUGCAGCAUGUGCUUGGAGCCGGCAGCACAUGCCUGCAGGCGGCUCUCUGAGGGCGGGCUGGCAGCCCGGCCCCGCACAUCACUGCCCCGCCACCGUGCUCUGAGCCUCUGCUGCUCGAGCCCCCUGCCGCCCCCACGACCCUCCACGGCCUGUGCUGUGCCUCCGCUGCGCAGCCAGAAGCCCACAGCCUCGUCUCUUAGCCCAUCUACCUGUCUGCCGUCUCUUGCGGGGGCACCACAGCCUCUCCACCACCACAGGUCACAACCUGAUUCUACGGCUGAUCUGCUGUCCGCCCUGAGCCAGGAGGAGCAAGACCUCAUUGGGCCAGUGGUCGCCCUGGGAUACCCCCUGGGACGGGCCAUCGUGGCUCUGCAGAAGACGGGGAGGCAGAGCCUGAGCCAGUUUCUCAGCUACCUCAGCGCUUGUGACCGGCUGCUGCGCCAGGGCUACGAGGAGGGCCUGGUGGAGGAGGCCAUGGAGAUGUUCCAGUUCUCAGAGAGCCAGGCGGGGGAGUUCCUGCGCCUUUGGGAGCAGUUCAGCGACAUGGGCUUCCAGCAUGAUCGCAUCAAGGAGGUGCUGCUGGUCCAUGGCAACCAUCGGGAGCAAGCUCUGGAAGAGCUGGUGGCUUGUGCCCCGUGACUGCACCAACCCGUCUGCCUGGAACUGUUGAGGCCCCUGUAUGAGGCUAACCCAACUGAGUUAUCCAAGCCAAGCUGGACUAACGAAGCAACUGACAACACAAAACCAGAUGAGAGAGCGGGGCCCAGCUGUGAACCACCAUCUUCUCUAUAAGCCUUGUCAAAAGCACCUGCAUUUGUCCCUUUCAGCUGUGUGAGGCAGUACCUUGAUCUUCAGGAAAUGAAAACAAAUAAAUGACGGGCUG